CACAAAAUAUUCCAUGAUGGAAGCUGGAGCUACGGCGAUGGCGUGCGCAGCACUGGAUCAUCGAUCCAUGAUCGGUGCUGCCGGCUGGGGCGAUUUCUUGCCGCGCAAGGUCCGUCUCGCCGGCGCCAGGGGCGAUCAUCGCUCGAUUGUGGCGGAGCGGCGGCGGUGGCGGUGGCGGCGGCGGCGGGGAUUAUCCGCCAGGGCGCAGCAGCGGGAGGAUUCGCCGCUCGUCGGUGCGCGCAACGCAUUCAAGAUGAAUCUCAACGAGUAUCUGGUGACAAUCCACAAGCCGCUGGGCAUUCGAUUCGCGCAGACGCUCAGUGGCAAGGUGUUCGUGGAUGCUCUCGCCAAGCAGGGCAAUGCGGAGAAUUCCCGGCUGAUCAUGGUAGGCGACGUGCUCAAGAAGGUCUUGUUUGGCGAUGCUGUGUGGAAUGUGGAUGAUUUUGGCCGGGUAUUGAACACGAUGAAAACCCGGAGUGGAGAAGUGACACUGGUCCUAGAGAGAUCGCUGUUUCCAUCACACAUCCAGGCGCUCAUACUGGAAUCCAAGCUAGAGAAUACAUUCAACUACGGGGCAGUGGGAUCGGCAACUUGGAAUAACAGCGGCUUCGCUUCUCCCAAUCAACCUGAGAGUGCCGACGAGUAUGGUGGUGGAAAUGUGGGAUUCGUUACAUACGCUUGGAGGUUCUUGCUUCCCAAAGGGAUCAGGCAGCUCGCGAUCUUCUUUACGGGUGUCGACGAUGAAGAUGACGAUGACGACGAGAAUGAACGGUCCGAGAGAGCCGAGCUAGAUAUAUGGCACAACUUGGAAGCGUCGUUUGAGGUCAUAGCUAGGUACAGCACGGACGAAGACCUGGACGGACAAGUGGAGUGGUCGCACGGCAACUUUCAACUUCAGGAGUUUACAAGCGCUCAGCUGAGAGCUUCAAAGGACUUGACUUACAGCCAUCGUUUUGGUCUUCGCUACACGAAGAUGACAGAGCACAUCGUCGUGGGAUCUUGUUUACAAAAUGGAGCAGAAAUGCAACAGCUCAAACAAAUGGGUAUCACUGCAAUUCUCAACUUACAAUCCGAGAGCGAGCAACUCAACUGGGGCAUUGACAAGAGCUCUAUUACAGAAGCUGCUCAAGCAAACGGAAUGGUCCUGGCACAUUGUCCAAUCAGAGACGUCGACACCGUCGACCUGAGAAGAAAGCUCCCACUCGCAGUGGGAAUUCUGUACCGGCUUUUGAGAGCCGGACAUCACGUAUACGUUACAUGCACGAGCGGCAUGGAUAGAGCUCCCGCUUGUGUCAUUGCCUAUUUGCAUUGGAUACAAGACGUUCCGCUUCAGAGUGCCGUCGAUUUCGUCACGAACCUUCAUCUCUGUGGUCCAGACAGGCCAGCAUUGGUAUGGGCCACCUGGGAUUUGAUCGCCAUGGUGGAGAAACGAAACCACGAUGGACCUCCUACUCACGCUGUUCAGUUUGUGUGGAACCAUGGUUGCAAAGAGGGGGAAGAGGUUUUGAUCGUGGGGGAUUUUAAAGGUGGCGGAUGGAACGAGCCUAUAAAGGCUACGCACGCGAGUGGGCCAAAGUAUAUUGUUGAUCUUCGAGUCCCACAGGGGAAGUAUCAAUACAAGUUCAUCGUUGGCGGACAGUGGAGGCACUCCAACAGUCUCCCAACUGAGAUGGACAGAUGGGGAAACGUAAACAACGUCUUGUUUGUUGGUGGUCGAGCGUCAACGACACCCGAGGGUGUGAUCCAUUCGCCAAUGCCACAGGACCUCAUAACGGUUAAAGUGAUUGAGAGAUUGCUCACAGAAGAGGAGCGUUUCACUCUCGCAUUUGCCGCGCGGCGGCUUGCAUUUUCAGUGUGCCCGUCCAAAUUUGCUCCCAAGAGCAAAGGACAAAUCUGAAAGAAACAAGUAGCCAUCGCAAGUUGGACGGACUGGCAUCGAGGUGUUGUAAAAUGCGCUAAUAUGAGUAAGAUUUAAAUAAGAUUUCUUUAAAAAAAUUCAUUUAUAGCUAAAAAUAUUAAAAUAAUUUACUAUUGAAAAAGCAAUAUUUGAUUUUUCAUGUUGUUAAUUUUUUCUAAAGUAUUAUUAAGACAAUAAUAAAUAUUAUUUAAUAUUUA